AUGUAUACCGCUGUGUUCGGGAUAACUUGCCUGCUACUCCCGCUUUUGGGAUCAGGUCAAUUCAUCGAUAUGUCCUGUGGAAUCCGAGCUCCAGAUCCAUCUCUCAUGAGGGUUCAGAAUGGAACUGUAGCCAGAAUGACUUCAAGUCCGUGGAUGGUGUUUCUUCACUCAACUGCAGGCAGAUUCGUUUGCGGCGGAACCCUUAUCACUCAUCGCCUUGUACUAACUGCUGCCCAUUGCUUGUUUCCCGGUACCGAGCUAAUAGCUCGUCUGGGGGAAUAUGAUAGGGAGGACUUCGAGCAGUGCCACGGAAGCUACUGCCUCUUUCGAACGGAGGCUAAUGUGGAAAGGGCCUUCAAGCACCGAUACUACGAUCCUGGCACGAUGGUCAACGAUAUAGCCAUUCUUCGGCUAGCCAAAAGAGUGGAAUACACAGAUAGCAUUAGGCCCAUUUGCAUUGUGUGGACCACCAGGUGGAGGAACUACAUCAAUUCCCUGACUCCGCUGACUGGAACAGGAUGGGGAGUCACUGAAUCCGCGAAUGACAGCGCAAAACUCAAUACUGUGGACCUAAAUCGCCAGCCUCCGGAGAUCUGCCGACUCUAUACAACUCGGACAAUUACGAAUACUCAGUUCUGCGCCGGAAAUUGGGCGAGCAAUUUGUGCAACGGCGACUCUGGCGGUCCGGUUGGAGCCUUAAUUCAAUUUCAAAAAACCCAACGAUUCAUCCAAGUAGGAAUCGCCAGCUAUACCAACAAAGCAUGCUCCAAGGCCAGUGUUUUUACGGAUGUCCUGAGCUUUGUUGACUGGAUCUUAAAGGUGCAAACAUAUCAUUCAUAGGAACCUGCUCUGGUUCUUAUGAAUUUGG